GUUCAACUGUAUUCAGACCUUUAUACAGUCUAUGAUUCAGACCGGAGAUCUCUACGGACUCACCCCUGCACGACAUAUUAUUUGCCAUGGCCUCUCCACUGAAGAGUCUGGUUAUUGAUGAUAACAGGUACCAGAAAUCCUUCCAGCUUUUUCUGGAGCGCUCCUCCGAGCAUCAGUGUAUGCAGGACUUCAUCCACAACACGCUGCCAGAUAUACUGGCCAGCAUUGGAGAUGGAAAGUCCCAUCUAAAUGUCAUUGGAGUUGGAAGUGGAGCUGGUGAGAUUGACCUCGAGAUGCUCUCCCAGCUCCGUCUGAAGCACCCAGGGGUGACGGUGGAUAAUGAGGUGGUGGAGCCUAGCAGCACGCAGCUACAUCAGUACAAAGUUAUGGUGUCACAGAAACCAAAUUUAGAUUACAUCAAAUUUACCUGGAACAAGAUGACUUCCUCCGAGUUUGAGGAGCAGUGGAGAGUGAAAAAGAUGACUAAGAAGGCUGACUUCAUUCACAUGAUACAGAUGCUGUACUAUGUGAAGGAUCCUGGAGCUACCGUCGAGUUCUUCCAGAGCCUCCUCGACAAGAAGGGGAAGCUUCUUAUCAUCCUAGUAUCUGGUGAGAGUGGUUGGGGAAAGCUGUGGCGGACCUACAGGAGCCAGCUCUGUAACACAGAAAUAAGUCAGUGUGUGACCACUGGAGACAUGAAAAGCUUUCUGGACUCCAAGGGUGUGAGCUACCAGAGCUACGAGCUGCCUUCUCAAAUGGAUAUCACAGAGUGUUUCACAGAGGGGGAUGAGAAGGGAGAGCUGCUGCUUGAUUUCCUCACUGAGGUGCUGGACUUCAGUAACACAGCCUCUCCUGAGCUCAAAGCCGGUGUCCUGGAGUUACUGCAGCACCCAGACUGCAGCAUGGAGUCCAAUGGCAAAGUUCUCUUUAACAACAACCUUGGGGUCAUAGUCAUACAGUAGAUCCGCAAACUUAGAAACAAGUGCUUAAUAGCCUAUGGUGAUUUAUACAUUUGCAGUAGAAUAACAGCAUACUUGAAUAGUUUUUUUAAAGGGCAAUUGAUUCCCAUUGUACAGUGUAUUAUUUACUGUAUAUAAUCAACAAGCGUUUAGCCUUUGUAGGAUAUGCUUAGUUUUACAUGAUUGAUUUUUACAAACAAGUUAUUUUCUAUAAUUGUAUUGUAUUGAUUUUUCUAUGCCUGUGCAAAAUGAAUAUGGCUUGAUUAUGUUUUUAUCUAUAACACACAGUGUGUUUAUUUGUGUGCGCCACCCAAAAUGUAAAGACCUGAGUUUUAAUCGGCUUUAGACAUCGUCCUCAGGUUUCAUCAUGAAAGCUUUUGUAAUGGACAACAGCUGGCAGGCUGUGCUACCAACCCCAUUACACUAUGGCUCCCAUUGGAUCAUAUUACUUUGGAAGUGUAAAAAUAAAUGGAAAAUUCAACGUUUAAUUUUCCAUAGAGAUUGAGCUGUUCAAUUUAAUAAACUGGAGACUCCUGCGGGAGUGUCUGCAUUUUAUGUCUUCGCUCUUGAAUGUUAUAUAUUGAAAUGGUUGCAUAUAAUAUUUACAUCAAUGAGAGAACAUGAUUAAAAACCAAAACCUGUUAAA